AGGCAGCAGCUCCCCACACCGGACAACAUGAUCAAGAUUGUAUUGCUGUUGGCUGCGGCCGCCUGCUGCGUGAGCGCCGCCCCCAAAGCCGGCCUUGCCCCCCUGGCCUACUCCGCCCCCCUGGUGGCCGCCGCCCCCGUGGCCUACGCCGCCCACGCGCCGGCCGUCGUGACGGCGCACAGCUCGCAGUACAUCGCGCAGAACUUCAACGGACUCGCCGUGGCCGCCGCCGCCCCAGUCGUCGCCGCCGCCUACCACGCAGCCCCCGUCGUUGCUGCUGCAUACCACGCUGCUCCGGCGAUACUCGGCUGAUAAUGUACAGCCAAUUCACUGUGUGAAAAUAUAAA